AUGUGGUAUCCAGCUCGGGGCGGUUCCAACCGGCAUACCCCCACUGUAGGCACGGUAGCCGGUUCUAGCUCUAGACCUGCUGGUGCAUCUUCGUCCGUCCCUAUGUAUGAACCUCCGAUCGAACCUGUCACCUCCCCUUCGUUUGCUGUUAAUCUCAACUGUAGUGGAGGCGGCGAGGUUGGAAUAGGGGAUUUUGUGCCGACCUCUUUACAGUGUGCUGCACCGGCUGGUAUGGGAGAUGCAGUGUUGGGUGAUCCAGAUGAGGAUGAUUUGGAGCCCGAUAUCAUUGCUGAUGACAGUGGCGAUGAUAUUGGAGCCAGUGAGCCAGCUGGGGUAGGAGGUGGUUCUAGCUCUGGCACACAGCAGUACCCUCUGCACUUUUCAUCUUUGGACUUAGAGGCCAUGAGGCAGGAAGGGGUUCCUGGGGAGGCUGCUGGAUUUGGUGCUAGAGAUGCCGAAUGGACUACAGGUCUGACAGAGUUUCAGGUUAGUCAGCUGUUUCAGGAUAAAGAUGAGGUUGUCUUAAGUGUAAAGACGUACAGCAUCUGCCGCGAGGUACAGUACAAGGUGGUGGAGUCUGACUAUCGCCGGUAUAUUGGGAAGUAUUUUGAGUUCAGAAAUGGGUGCACAUGGUUGAUUCGGCUUAGUCUCCGACAGCGCAAGGGCAUUUGGGAGGUCAAACGGUGGGUUUUAGGAGUUCAGCUGACGAUACCUGGUAUUAUUGCAGUCCUUUGGACGACCCCUGUUCGAGUUGGGGGACAGGUGGACGAGUCACAAGUUUAUUUUCACCGACUGUUCUGGACGUUUCUACCAUGUAUAGAGGCAUUCCAUCAUUGUAAGCCGUUGGUCAGUAUUGACAGCACCCAUCUGUAUGGCAAGUAUGGGAGAACGUUGCUCGACGCCAUUACACAAGACGGGAACUCCAACAUUCUGCCUGUAGCAUUUGCACUGGUUGAGGGUGAGAAUGCCGAGUCCUGGUCCAUCUUUCUCUCCCACCUACGUCAACACGUGACCCCACAGCCGGGUCUGCUAGUUAUAUCAGACAGGCAUAACGGUAUCAAGGCCGCGCUUGAGGCUCCGGACGGAGGAUGGCUACCUCCAGCGGCCUACCGUGCAUUCUGCAUUCGACAUGUGGCAGCAAAUUUUGGUCUGACCUUCAAGGGCAAAGAUGCAAGUAGGCUUCUUGUGAAUGCAGUGUAUGCUAAGACCGAGGCAUGCAAGUGA